UUAUAUAUAGCCAGGGAGCUAUCUACAUUUCACAGUCAAGGGGAGGUUGGUAAACUUAGAAGAAACUGUAUUUGGUAGGGUAUCUUAGAGCCAUUUCAAUGGAUAAUUCAUCCAUCUUCAUUUCAUGGAUGAUUCUUGGUCUGCUACUUACAUUAGGAAAUGUAGCUCCUCAAGCUGAGGCUGCAAGGGCUUUUUUCGUGUUUGGAGAUUCACUAGUCGAUAAUGGUAACAACAACUAUCUAGCUACUACAGCCAGAGCGGAUGCAUACCCCUAUGGCAUUGACUAUCCGACUCAUAGAGCCACCGGCAGGUUCUCUAAUGGCCUUAACAUCCCAGAUCUUAUCAGCGAGCAAAUUGGUUCCGAACCAACAUUGCCAUAUCUGAGCCCGGAGCUCACAGGACAGAAGCUUCUUGUUGGUGCCAACUUUGCUUCUGCAGGAAUUGGAAUUCUCAAUGACACUGGAUUUCAAUUUGUCAAUAUAAUCCGAAUUUCCAAGCAACUAGAGUACUUCCAGCAAUAUCAGCAGCGUGUGAGUGCACUUAUUGGACCUGAACAAACUCAACGCCUAGUGAAUCAAGCACUCAUUCUCAUGACCCUUGGUGGCAAUGACUUUGUUAACAACUACUACCUGGUGCCCUUCUCUGCAAGAUCUCGCCAAUUCGCCCUCCCAGAUUACGUUGUCUAUAUAAUUUCCGAGUACCGGAAAAUUCUAGUGAGGCUCCAUGGGUUGGGGGCAAGGAGGGUUUUGGUGACAGGAACUGGACCAUUGGGUUGCGUACCGGCGGAACUAGCUCAGCACAGCAGAGCAGGUGAAUGCGCGGUUGAGCUGCAACGAGCGGCAGCCUUGUUCAACCCGCAGCUUGUUCAAAUGCUAAACGGACUCAACCGUGAGCUUGGAUCAGAUACUUUCAUUGCUGCAAAUGCAUAUGACAUGCACAUGGAUUGGAUCAGUAACCCUCAAGCAUAUGGUUUUGUUACAUCAAAGGUAGCCUGCUGCGGGCAAGGACCUUACAAUGGAAUCGGACUCUGCACAAUGGCGUCAAACCUGUGCCCUAACCGAGACAUCUACGCGUUCUGGGAUCCAUUCCAUCCAUCAGAGAGGGCUAACAGGCUGAUUGUGCGACAGAUCGCGACUGGUUCCACCAAGUACAUGAACCCAAUGAACCUUAGCACCAUCAUGGAGUUAGAUUCCAGGGUCUAGCUAUCUUAUACUCCUAUUUAUUUUUCCUACAAGUCAAGUUCUAGUUUAGUUAUAUGCGUGGUUGAGAGAUUGUCUUUACUUAAUUAUUUAAGUGUCAUGUCACAAGAGGAAAUUGUUAUUUGUGAUAUGCUUCAAAUAGUAUGCAUUAUGUAACGGGCAAGCAUUGGUAAAAGGUCAGAUUCUUCUUGAAUGAUAGCUUGGAAAUAUCCAGUUGUUCACAA